AUGGACGAGGAGGAUCAGUAUAACGCAGAGGCAAGCGGAAGCCAGACGGCAGAGACUCCGGCGGUCGCGACUGCCUCAUCGCUCGAGGCGGGCGAGCCGAGAUUGAGCAAGAAUCAGCAGAAAAAGGCAGCUCGCCAGGCUCGUAUGGCGGAGCUCAAGCCUCUCAAACGACAAGCCGAAAAGGUCCGACGCCAACAGCGACAUCAUGAGCUUUCAACAGGCUAUGCUGAGGGGACACUAUCAGCAGCGGACAAGGAGAUCUUUGAGCAGCGAAGAGCAAGAGAGAGGGAGAAGCGGACUGCCAAGAGGCAGGAGAAGCUUGCUGAGGCGGAGGGUGUGGAGAGGAACCAGACGGUCUGGGGCGGGGCGGUCAUCAUGGAUCUGGGGUUUGAUGAGCUCAUGACGGAGAAUGAAAUAUCAUCGAUGGACUCGCAAUUAUCCUUCGCUUAUUCUGCGAACCGCCUGUCCUCAUUACCAUUCUCCGCCAUCAUCCAUUCUUCGUCCUCGGUGUCGAUAUCACCUCGCCUGUACGGCCGACUCGUCAAGCGCGACAUUGCACGUUGGAACCGGUGUCACUGGAACCCUGAUGAUGUCGAAGCGAUAGCGAAGCAGAUGAAGAACGAAGAAGGCGAACUACCGAGCGGGCUUAAGAGGGGCCAGGAGCUGGUGUACCUCUCGGCGGACUCGGAGGAGGAGUUGACGACGCUCAAGGAGAAUGAAGUGUAUAUCAUCGGGGGACUGGUUGAUCGCAAUAGGCACAAGAUGUUGUGCCAGAACAGAGCCGAGAAGCUCGGGAUAAGGACAGCUCGUCUGCCAAUAGGAACAUAUAUCGGCAAUAUGCCCACCCGAAAGGUCUUGACGGUCAAUCAGGUCUUUGCCAUUCUGGUCGAGUACAACAUUCGGCAAGACUGGAAAGCCGCAUUCGAGGCGGUCAUACCACCUCGAAAGUUCGAUGAUAAGAAGCGGAAGCGGACAGGCGGAAAUUGGCGUUACGCCGAAGCAGACGGGGCCGCCAAAGACGGGCAAGACGAAGGGGAAGAUUCCAGUGAUAAUGGCGAAUUGGGAGGAUCCUUGCCCGCAUCGAAGGCUCCUGAGCCUGUUCAACCGGCGGGGGAUAUCCUUAUGGGGUCAGAUGAGGAAGCAGCUUUCAAUGCAUUAUGA